AUGAAUCUGAAUCUGAAUCUGCGAGUGAGGAGAGGCAUCGUCGCUGUUGCAGAAAUUGAAGGUUUGGGGUGUGAAGGGAAUAAUAGGAGAAGGGUUUGGAAGCGGACCACCGGAUAUCGAUUGUCUGUGGUGAAGAUGGUGCGGUAUUUGAUACUGAAGUUAGGUUUUGGAUGGGUUUCUGAUGAAGAUGAUGAAGAAGACCUGCAGCACACGGGUGGAUGUGAUUGCCAAGCAACUGCCGUAUCAAAACCCCUGAAUUCUUCGCCAUGUUGUCGGGUGUGA